AUGGAUGACAUAGCUGGAAUUCCACCUGCACUUUCUACUCAUCAAGGUGUUGAAGUUUUCAGUUUGGACAAAUAUGCCGAUUCUACCAAAGAUAGAACACAUUAUCUUGGACCCAACGCUGGUGGCAGAGUCGGCCUGAGAGAUCUAUUGGCUACCUAUUACAGAAUUGAUGAUAUUGCUGGGUUUUUCUCAAGAAACCUACAGUUCAGGAAAAUAACUUUGCAAUUUCCUGACACUUUGACGAUGGACUCUACAUUUGUAUGUCAAUUAUUACAGCAAAGACUCGAAGACGAUGACUCGGCCCAUGAAGAAUCCAAGGUAUCAAAAUCAUGCUCAAAUGAAGUGUGUUGUGGUCUGUCGGAUUGCAAAGAAAAGUUUCACGUUAAGGAACAAGCUAAUCGAAGGAGAAUAUGGAUUCUCGCUGACACGGCAUACAGUGCGUGCUGCGUCGACGAAGUCGCUUCGGAACACAUUGGUGGAGAUAUCGUUGUACAUUUCGGCGAUGCAUGCUUGAGCGCAGUGCAAAAACUACCUGUACUAUAUGUGUUUGGACAGCCAUACUUAGAUCUCGAUGUGGUAAUCAGCAAAUUUCAACAAACAUAUCCAGAUAAAGCCAGCAAAGUGUGUCUGAUGGCUGACGCUUCUUAUAGUUUUCACUUGACUGAUUUAGAUCAGGCGCUUCAGGUAAAUGGAUACUAUAAUCUCUUUGUUGCUGAAGUCAAUUCCCAAAGUGCCGGUCCCAGUGCGCACAUUAUUGACUUCAAGGUCGCCAGAGCCUCACAACCUGUACUAACUUUAGGAAACCGUGUACUAUAUUCAGAUAAUGAGAGCUUUCGGGAUAUAGAUGAGGAACAGUUACAGAGCGAAUUCAGCUUAUUCCAUCUUACAAUGCCAGAUAAUCCCAGACUGCUUUAUCUGACAACAAAAUUUAAUAGCAUAUCUGUUUUCGACGAUUCCACACAGACCGUUUCUCAAGGUCCAUUUCCUUCAAUGAUGAAGCGUUACAAAUACAUGCAUGUUGCCAGAACCGCGGGAACCAUCGGUUUACUGGUCAACACGCUAUCUCUGAAAAACACGAAGCAGCUGAUAACGCAGCUCGCAAAUCUUAUUAGAGAUAGCGGGAAGAAAUACUACAUGUUUGUAGUGGGCAAGCCAAAUGUGGCCAAGUUGGCAAACUUUGAGGCCAUCGACGUGUGGUGUGUCCUCGGUUGCGCACAGAGUGGUAUUAUCAUCGACCAGCACAACGAGUUUUACAAGCCCAUAGUGACACCCUAUGAGCUCAGUUUGGCCCUGAGUCCAGAGCUUACGUGGACCGGCAGCUGGGUCGUGGACUUCAAAGACGUUAUGAAUGAAUUAUCGGAAGAAGACCACGAAGAGUCGGUAGACCAACAAGAACCCGACACCAACCAGAAUGAGGUAAUAUCUGAUGCUGACGCACCAGAAUUUGAUGCCGUGACCGGCCGAUAUGUUAGCACCUCGCGCCCAUUGAGACAUAUCGAUCGCGUUGAAAUUGACGUUCCUCAAGGCUCGAUCGAGGAUUCAUCCUCGGAUCAACUCGUUCAAAAGUUUGCCGGUGCGGUUUCCAUCAGAAACACCGUAUCAACUUCAGCAAGCGCCCUACAUUCGAGGAUGUGGUCUGGCUUGGGAAGCGAUUUUCAAAGUGAAGACUACGAGGAAGAAGGUGCGACCUUGGAAGAGGGGACCUCGGGAGUUGCUCGGCAAUACCAAUUCGAUCAAGACAAUCGAAGGCAGUCAUAG